CUGAGUAACGCAGACGAUCCUAGAGCAAACUGGGGGGAAAUGAUCCCAAUAAUACCAAAUAAUAACGAAUCGCUAAUAAUCAGGAUGCAAGUGCUAUUGUGGUAGGAUAGAUGGCCACCGCUCUGGAAACCCUGUUCAGGCGUGCAAUCCUGGUCCAGGGUGCUCUCCUGCGUGCUGACACCCCGAAAAUACCCCCUGCCAGAUGGCAAACUGCUCCAGCCCAGCCGGACCGGCAGGGCAGCUGCAGUUCUCGCGUUUGAGGCAGCUCUGCCUUGCCUCCACCCAGCUGGGAUGGAGAGAGAGAGACCGGUCCAAGGCUUGGGCUGCCGCGGAGCUGGUGCUCCUUAUGCCCUUUCCAGGAUGCUGAGCGCCUAUUGAAUCCCACAGGUUGCUGAGCAUCCCUCCUUCCCCUCCCUCCCUGAUUCCUUAUCUCAUGUCUCCUCUCUCUCUGUGGCUUUCUCUCACACACUGUCUCUCACACACAGAGCACAGAAGCGGGAAAAGGUUUCCUGUCGGCUUGCCAUCGUCUAGACGGGUCCAGCCCGUUCUGGACCACUGAGCCCAGCAAGCGGAGCGAGCGUGCGCUCAGGAACCUGCAAAGUUGAUCCGGCAUCUCUCCCCGCGACACCUCCCCGUUUCCCGGCUCAUCUCUCCUUCCAGACAAGUCUGGAGAGACGAUUAGCACCAUGCCGGGGCUCAUCAACCGGAUGACCAACUCUGCUCUCCCUCUCGCGGCCUCUGAGGUGACCUCUUGUGUCAGCGGCUAUGCUUUUGGGAUGACGGCCUCUCUUACCUACAGCAACUCAGAGACCCACCCUUUUGAAGGGCUCUUUGUCUACCCAUUGGAUGAAUACACAACUGUGGUUGGCUUUGAGGCGAUGGUUUCUGAACGGGUUGUGACUGUGCAAAUCAAAGACAAGGCCAGAAUUGACGACUGCUACGUUGACUGCUGCAGCCUCCCCAAUGGCAGGGCCCUGGACGAAGGUGGACGUAUUGUGCUAGAUGAGGAUUUGGAGAGGAUUGUCUUUGUGGCCAAUUUGGGCAUCGUUCCUCCUCAGGAAAAUGUCUCCAUCUGCAUCAGUACCUCCUCAGAGCUGCAGACCCUUCCCAGCGGUGCAGUGAGGGUCCUCCUUCCAGCUGUGUGUGUCCCUAAGGUCCCCCAGAAUAGCACAGAUGCCACCGCCGCCAUCUCUGGACACCACCUUCGAUUCAGAGACAGACACUACUGUGGUGUUGCUACUCCGGAUCAGCCCGGAAAAUUCUGUCUGGCUCGGCUUUUGGAAACGGAGGCGACGAAUCCUACUGAGUAUGAGUUCAGCUUCUACCUGGAGAUCAGAGGACCGUGCUUACUUGCAGGAGUUGAAAGCCCGACGCACGAGAUCCGCGCAGAUGCCGCUCCUUCAGCCAGAUCUGCCAAGAGCAUUGUGAUCACACUGGCCAAUAAACAUACUUUUGACCGACCCGUGGAGAUCCUGAUCCAUCCAAGCGAGCCUCACAUGCCCCAUGUUUUAAUGGAAGAGGGUGACAUGUCCCCCGCGGAAUAUGAGCAGCACCUGAAGGGGCGGAAUGACUUCAUUAAAGGGACCAAGAAAGAUGCAAGUGCAGAGAGAAAGACAGAAAUCAUCAGGAAGCGGCUCCACAAGGACAUCCCUCACCACCCAGUGAUCAUGUUGAACUUCUGUCCUGAUCUGAGGACGGUCCAACCCAACCUCAGGAAGAGCCACGGAGAAUUCAUCUUUCUCGUGGACCGCAGUGGGAGUAUGAGUGGUGUGAACAUCAACCGUGUCAAGGAUGCCCUCCUGGUCAUUCUGAAGAGUCUGAUGCCAACGUGUUUAUUCAAUGUCAUUGGAUUUGGAUCGACCUUCAAGGCCUUGUUUCCUUCCAGCCAGACCUACUGCGAGGAGAACUUGGCCGUUGCAUGUGAAAGCAUAAAGAAGAUCCGUGCUGACAUGGGUGGCACCAACGUCUUGUCGCCCUUGAGGUGGGUCAUCCGGCAGCCGAUCCACCAAGGCCACCCACGGCUGCUCUUCCUGCUGACUGAUGGCGCCGUCAGCAACACGGGAAAGGUCAUCGAGCUUGUCCGGAACCACUCGUUCUCCACUAGGUGCUAUACUUUUGGCAUUGGGCAGAAUGCCUGUCGGAGGCUGGUGAAUGGCCUGGCUGCCGUGUCCAAAGGAAGUGCGGAAUUCCUGGUCGAGGGAGAGAGGUUGCAGCCAAAGAUGAUAAAAUCUCUGAAGAAGGCGAUGGCUCCUGUCAUUAGCGACGUCUCCGUGGACUGGGUCUUCCCUGAAACAGCAGAAGUCUUAAUCUCACCUGUCAGUGCCAGCUGUCUAUUUCCAGGGGACCGGUUGGUUGGCUACAGCAUUGUCUGUGAUACGUCCCUGUAUGUUUCGAACCCCAGGCUGGACAAGAGGCGACGCUACAGCAUGCUGCAUUCCCAAGAGUCUGGCAGCUCCGUUUUCUUCCACUCACAAGAAGAAGGAGGUGGCUCGGAUGUCUGGGGCUGCCUCAAGGAUUCAGAAACCGGGUUGCCUUCAGAGAGGACCCCUGAACUCCUGGGGGUUGGCGGAGACCUGGGAAGUGAAUCGGAAGUGGACUCUGGAAUGGACGUGACAACAGCUCCGUCACGGCGUAGGGCGUACAGCACCAAUCAAAUAGCUGACCACGAACCAUUCCGGAAGGUUCCCACGGCCAGCGACCCCAGCUCUGCGCUCAUUAAGAAUCCGCUUCGGAAGGCCCAGCUGCAGGAUCUCACCCAACUCAGCCCAGAACCGCCAUUGUGGCAGGUGGAGUUUCAGUCUUCUCAGGCUUUCGCUGCCAGCCCUCAAAUAUCUACCCCAAGAAUACGGGGAGUCGGAGCAAGGCGGCCCUCCCUGCUGCAGCAGAGUCGUCUCUCCUUCUGCCACAACCCAGAAUCACCACAGCAGCACAUCAGCCUUGCACAGACUGGGAAGAACUUUGGGCCACUUGAGACCGACUCCCUCCCAGGGUCCAUUUUUUCAGAGAGCCGGAGCCCGGGGGAUCUGGAUGUUGCCCAGCACCCAUCCUUCCUCUUUGAAACGGAGACUUCAUCGGAUUGGGAAUCCCACGAUGCAGAGAUUGGCUCAGCCGGUGGCAGCUGGCGGCACUCUCCAAGAUCCACCUGCAAGGCGGUGGUGAAAGGGCUGCGGAACAACGAAGUGGUCCAGUGGGAGGUGCUGUUUGACAUCGCUCCGCUUUUCCGAGGUCGGGAGGGCAAGAGGAACGACGAAGAUGAUCUCUGGAGUGAGACCUUCCACCACCUGGCUGCCAAGUCCAUCGUCCGGGACUUUGAGCAGCUUGCAGAGAGGGAAUGUGAAAUUGAGCACGGGUCUGGCCGGCGGUACCAGGUGAAUGCCGUGCACACCAGCAAAGCCUGCAAUGUGAUCAGCAAAUACACAGCCUUUCUGCCCGCAGACCUGAGCAACAAUAGCUACUUGCCGACUGUUGUGGAAUAUCCCAAUGCAGGUCCAGCCCUGAAACCAGGCAGCCAACGGAAUUCUGGUUCUGAGAACAGGCGGCACAGAACGCUCUCCUCUGGGCUGGGACGCAUCCAGUCAACCUGUGGUCAAGAUUCAGCAGCAGAUGCAGAAGAGAACAGCCUGUCUCCGUGCAGUACACCGUCCUCCUCGGGAUGGGAUCGCAUCACUUUCCCAGAUGUUCCACUACGAAGUCCAUCUGUCUCCUCUCAGAAAUCCAUUGAGAGCUUUUUUGCGGCCAGGCUCACCUUUAACAAAACAAGACUGUUGACACGAGCAGCCCGAGGCUUUAUGGGAAAAACACCCACCAGGACCAGCGAGACGAGUUUGGAAAGUGACAAUGAAAACAUUGACUACCUGCCCCUUGUGUCUCUCCAGCUUGCCUGCGGCUCCUUCCUCUUGAACAAGGCCUUCUGUGAGGCCAUCAACAUCCCCCUGGAGAAGCUGAAGUGGACGUCUCCUUUUGCCUGCCACCGCAUGGCUGCCAGCCCCUCAGCCAGCUCCUGCGCCUCCAGGAGAUCAGCCACGUCAGAGGAAACCAAGAGCUCUGAGGGAACUCAACCACUGGACAAUGUCAAUCUCUCGACAAACAAAGAGAGUGAGUCUGGCCACGCCCGCCAUUUUGCCAGCGGCGCUGUCGAAAGUCACUCCGGGGCCCUGAAGGCUGAGAACAAGCUUUCUCCUCCGGCCAUCACCAUCCAGCGCUUCUCCUUUCCAGAAAGCAUUCCAUCGCCUCAGGAGUCGCAGGCUGACAGUGGGAGAGGUUCUGAGACGGACAGCUCCGAGCUGCAGGCCUGGUUGGUGGACAUUGAGCUCCAGCAGAAGAACGCACCAGAGGGAAUGCUGUGGGCCACAGCCGUGGCCCUAGCCUGGCUGGAGCACAGCUCUGCCUCGUACUUCAUUGAGUGGGAGCUGGCGGCAGCCAAGGCCAGCCUGUGGCUAAGCGAGCAAGAUUUUCCCGAAGGCCGCAGCCUGCCGGCAGUGAAGGCAGCAGCUCAGCAGCUCUUUGUGUUGCUCAGGCACUGGGAUGAAAACCUGGAGUUCAAUUUGCUCUGCUACAACCCGAAUAAUGUAUAGAGAGGAGGAGAGGGUGGGCUCUCAGGAGGGCAGGUGGGCACACGGUGGCUCAUUCACGAACCAGGUUACAACCUACCAAUUACUGCCAGAAACACCCCUGUAUGUUGGGUUGAGGGCUGGGCUGGGAAUCUCAGGCCCAGAGGUCAUAUGCAGCCCUUCAAAGAUCUCUAUCCGACCCCUUGGGGCUCCUCACAGGUCACACCCCUCACUGACCCUCCUCCUGAGCUUCCUUGAGCUCUUUCACCUGGUUGAGACUUGUUCUUGAACUGUGAUAACGCUUCUUGCUUUCCUGGAUGCAGAGUUGUCUAUGUAGAACCUCUCUGACUGCUCUGUGUUUGGACUGUAGCCUGUUGCAGAAAGAGGAGGAGUCCUAUCCGUAAGCCUAACCCCAUCUACCACUGCCAGGUAGCUCCCAGAAGGUUGCCUGCUAGAGAAUGUGGCCUUCGGGUUGAUAAGCAGUUCCCUGCCCCUGGGUUACGUUUUCCCAGACAAUGGUCAAUACUGCUUUCAGAGGCUACUCUCCACCCCUGCAUCCUUGUAUCCUCUGCCAGCAACACACAUUUUCUAUGGGGCUAGAAUUAUUUAAACAGUGGUAAUAUUAUGCAUCCUUUUCUAUCAAGUCCCAAGCUUGCAAUGUGCAUUGCCAUCUCCUGCCUAAGUCUUGUGAUGGUGGCUAAUAUUAUUCCCAUCUGUAGAUACAAACCGUGGAAGCUCCCUUAGCCCAUGGGGUCCAUCCAGCCCAUUCUUGUAGACACCAGGGAUGAGCAGCAAACUUCAGGCUCAUGGGUCCCACUCCUGCUCUUGGUUUAUUAGGAUGCCGGUGAAUGUCAAAGUCCAUCAAUCAGUGUGUGAAAGAGAGUCAGAGGAAGGGCAACAUGUGCCUAGAAUUAAGGAACAAGGUGCUUCUUAGCAUUUGCUCAGCCCAAGGGUGCGUUUUUCUCACCAGAUCUAAACUUGCAGUCCAGUCCCAGACAAAACUCCACUCCUGGUUUUCCCAAUAAACUUUCUUCAUCUCAGCAGCUUAAUUUUUAGAAGAGUCGGAUGUGGAGAAAGCCUUAUGUUGUUAUUGCCCUGUUGUUAAACAAACCCUCACAGAUCUACUGGAAAUCACCUUGAGAUCUAACAGUAGAUCUACUUUCUGCCCACCCUGGUCUGCGUUAGCAGGGCAGCAGAUCACCACGUUUUCAAAGAGGAAUCCCUUCCUGGAAGUGCUGGGGGUUGCACCUGGGAUCUUUUCCAGAAAGGGCACCUGCUACAGCCUUUCUCCUAUAUAAGCAUAGGAAGCUGCCUUCAACCAAGUUAGACCAUUGAUCUGCCUAGCUCAGUAUUGUCUUCUGCAAAAUGUAGGAAUGGUGUAAAAAUCUUACGCCGGUACUGUAGUGACAAAUUCGGAAGUGCAGGGUUCCCUUCGUGUUAGUCACAGACACACCCACUUCUAAAGUUAUAUGACCUAAGAUUAUACAAUAAUCUUACAAAUAUAAAACAAUAAUAAUUAGGGAUGCAUUGCAACGAUAAAUACAAAUCUCCAUUUGUUGCUUUUCAGCUGGAUCUACUAUUUUCUAUGCCUGGUACGUUGGGAACUGAUUCAGAGUGCUCCAAUAUGUUCUUUCAGAGUGGCUUAAGCUGUGUUUACCUUGACGUUCCGCUGGAACUGCUUGUGUUGUCUGUGUUCCUAAACGCUUAGCUUCAGAGCAUACAUAACAGCUUCUCCUCAAUGUUCUUCCCACACACCUUCUCCAGAGUGACCCUAGGAGCCAAUCCUCACUGGCUGGCUCAGCUCCUUUCACACUUAUUCGUUCAAAUCAGCACAAAGGGUGAGAAGACCUCUUAGUGGCUAAAAAGCUCCCCUUUCAUGUUGAUUGGGUUGACCCUGCUGCAGAAAUAGUAAUUUUGACCGCCGAUCACAACACCACUGUAAUCUGCUUUGUGGGCAAGAAUCCCAUGGAGGCUUUUAAGCAGUCAAUGAAAACAGAACAUUCCCUGACCACAGGCUUGCAAUCACAAGACAUGGCACACAACAGAAAAAGGAACAAUCAGGUACCCGUUCUUAAAGUUCAAUAGCCCUUUUUAUAAUAACCACUUGGGAACAGUUUAGGGGUUGGAGGUGCCUGAUGGAGCUGGUCUUUCAGUAGAGCUGAUGGGGGUGAGUCCUGCUUCUCAUCUCUCCCACUGAGGCAGCCGCUGGAAUGGUGAGGAGGACAGAUGCAGAUGCACAAUCCCAUCAAGGUUGGUUUUGAGCAGUGUCUUCUUUUAUCAGCACGUUCCUGCACACUGGUAAUGCAGAGGAAGUGAAAAGACUAAUGUUGCAGCCCAAAAACUUCCUCCCACUUCUCUUUUGGAGGGACCGUUCUUUGUCAACUAAUGAGAAAAGGAAUUGCAUCCAAAGGGAAGAUAAAAUGUUGGUUGUGAUGGGUGGGCCAGUGGCUUUUUGUUGUGUUUACUUUCAAAGUGGUUGAGGGCACCUGGGAAGGCUGCAAGUGAUUUGGAGAAAGAAAGACAAAACAUUCACAGCCCUUUAUUUCACUCUGCAAAUCAUCACCCCUUGUGGUUGGCACUCUGCAGCCCUCCCAGGUGCCCACGCUUCCAUUACAGCCCAGGGAAAGACGUCAUGAAGUAACUCCACAUAUGAGGCUAGGAAGGACAGGCACCUGAGGAGGCUACAGAGCAUGGAGGAAAAUGUUUGAUGUAAAGAAAAGCAUACAUAGCAUGCUUACAUCGAUAAGCUAAGCUCAAAGCCCUACCCUGAGAACCAUGCAGACAAAUGGGGAGAAAACCUUUGAGAAACUGAAGGGCAGGUCUUGGCACAACACAAGAAAGAACAUAGAAAGCUGUCAUAUAUUGAGUCAGACCACUGAGUCUUCUAGCUCAGUAUUGUCUACACUGGCUGGCAGUGGCUUCCCAGGGUUUGAGCCUGGGCAUAUUCCCAGCCCUACCUGGAGCUGCUAGAGAUUGAACAUGGGACCUUCUGCAUGAGAAUCAGAUGCUCCAUCCUGAGCUAUAGACUUUCCCCUAAAUGUAAAAUAAGAUCCCAGUCCUCAUGGAACGCAAAGCUAUGGCCAAUUGCACAUAUGUAAGAUGAGGAAGUUUAAAACAGCAGUGGAAGACUCCUAAAGCAUCAGCUCUAUUUUGAAAACAAGACUAGGUGAUUCAGAGUUCCCAGUUAUUCCAGGGUUCAGACUGGGAGAAUUUCAGGAGCCCCCCUACCUGCCACUCAUCUUCCAGCCCUCCGGCUCUGCCACCAGGGAUGUGUGGAGUGGGGUUUUCUACUGAGCUGUGUUCAUACUGCCAGCAAAGUGUUAGCAGCUUCAUUUAGUUGUGUCAGUCCACCAGGUGGCCUCUUUCAAUAAUUGUUCUUGCUGCUCAAUGUGAUGAUAUAAUUAUCUAACGUCCGAAGUGCCUUCCGGAUGUGAUCACGCCUGCUGUAUCGCUGACGCUUUCGACUGUGGUGUCUGGGCUUUGCAUUUGCCAUCCCAUGUGCCCAAAACCUCGAAAGUGGAGGGGGAAAUAUUGAAACCUUCUCUUGCCUCCCUUUUGUUUUCAUGUAGCAGAGUAUUCCUGUGAGCUAAAAUAUAUUUAUUGCAGCUUGCACAGUGUUGCGUGAAGUCGGGAUCAGGCACCCCUCUCCUCAAUUUAAACUAGAGCCAUUUUGGUAAUUAAACAACAACAACCCACAAAUUCAAACUUUGGUCCCCCCCCCAAAAAAAAUAUUGUUUUGGUUUUCUAACUUUCUGCUCAGAUUUUACUUUUGGAAUCCAGCUGGAAAUUAAUAGAAGAACAACAGCUUGAUUUCUUGCCCACCCUUCACCCAUGAGGUCCCGAGGAAGCUUACAGCAAUAUAAAAAAGCAAGAUUAAAAUUUGUUAAAGGAGUAUUUCAAUCUCCAAUGAAAUACAGCCAAGAGUACACGAAACCUUACUCUUGUUGAUGGAUAUGAAGCAUCAGCUUGCCAGAUUCAAUGGUUCCUAUGCUUUUUUCAAAAUAAGAUAAGUAGAAUUUCCACUGGUUCCAUUCUCUUUUUUUACUUAAAACAAAAAAAUAACCUUGUCAUCAGAUCCAGAGCUGGUACAGAUUGUUGCCCUUUUCCUAUGGGUCCAAGACCUUCCCUAAUUCACCUCCAACAUGCCCCCUUUGGCUCCCUACCACCGUGGAAACCCUGCUGUUUGUACUUCUGCACCAGCAGAUCUUUCCACCAACAUCGAGGGGCUGAUCCAGUCCUGUAUCCUGUGUUCACAAUGCCCAAACAGAUGGGAAGCCUGCAUUUAGGCUAUGAGGGCAAGAGCCAGAAGUCUCCCCCUUGGUGGUCUCCACAAACUGGUAUUCAGACACAGACCGGAUUACUGCAAUGCAUUCUACCUUUAAGGUUGAGCUGAAAGUUGCAGGUAGGGCAAAAUGCAGCAGCUAGGCUGCCUUAGGCCAAGCUUAUGGUCUAAGGCUGCAAUCCUAACUUCAUUCACCUGGUAGUAAACUGAAUUCAACAAGACUUACUUAUGAGGAGACAUGGUUAAGAGUGCACUGUUCUAAAGCCUUAACAACUCAGGACUGGAAUAGCUGAGAACCCACUUUUCUCUGUAUCCAUGCCCGUAAUGGAUGGGACCCUGUCCUCUUUACUGUUUCAACAAUUGCCUACUACUCUGUGCUGCAAAAAUGGUUUUUCUCAGGCCUUUCCCAAACUGAAUUGCUGUUUUUAGCUGGCAGCUGAUCUAUGAGGAUUUUCAUUACGCUCUCUAUUUCUGCUGUAUGACUAGUUUUAUUGAAUGUCUUUUUUAUGUACCCUUGCUCCCUGAACAGAUAGUAUAUACUGAGUGAUUUUUUUAAUGCUGUCUCUUAUGCUGCAGAUAGUCCACAUAGUAGCUAUUAUGUGUGUUACUUAAGUAGUAGCAUGUGGGAGCAUCAUAAAUGUUGCCCCACCACCAGGCACUACUCUCUGCCAGCCAAGUGGCAUUUUCACUGGCUCCAAUCACUUUCAGCCAGCCCAAGCUGAUUUCAGGAUUGCCCCCUUAAUCAGAAGCAUUUAUAAAUCUCAUUUGGAAUAGCGCUGUGAUCAGUUUCCCUACUUUCAGUUUACUUGCAUCACUUCUUUCUGUUUCGCUAUCUAGGUUACGUUCAAAGAUAUACAUUGAUAAAACACAACCCCCCAAAAAGAGAGGCAAUAUUGAUGCCAUUGUACAUCUGCUCCCCAAGAUUCUUUUUUGUGUAGUGUUUUCACCAAUGCACAACAUAUCGGUAAAACACCACAUAAAAAGAAUCUUGACACAAUCGCAUGCACAGUCGUAUUAAGGGUUGCUUUUGUGCAGUGUUUUAGCAAUGUGUAUGGCCCAGUGUCAAGGAGGGAGAAAGACACAAAUGGCUCGAAGGAAUGGAAAGCUGUGUCAGAGCCUGCACGCAUGAAAAUUUAAGUGGAAACAAGAAAUGAUUCCUAAUGCACUGGAUCUGUUAUGGAAACCAGAUCAAGUAAUUCAGAACUUCAAAAUUUGGGGAGAAAUUUACAUGAGAAUAAUAUCAGAAACAACCUAAUUAUCUAUCUCUAUCUCUAUCUCUAUCUAUCUCUCCAGUAACAGUCAUUAGGAAUAUCAGGGAACAAAUUAGGAAUGGGGGUUUAUUAUGAAUGGGGGUUUGGUGAGUGUUUUGGAUACACAAAGAAAAGUGCCUCUCCGAAUUGUGUUUUGAACUCUAGUUGGUGUGCUUUCUUGCUGGAGGAGCAGCUUAGUGAGGGAAGGGCAUUGUGCAAUAUCAGCAAAAUGGUGACUGCAUGGAUUAUUAUUUUUCCUUUGGCUGGUUUCUUGUGUUGGUUUUCUCUUGUGGAAGCUUCGGUGUCGCAAU